CAUCCUUUUGCUCUUCAUCUGUCGUCCACCACCUUGAAUUACACAGAAACGGAUGAUUAUCUCUAUUCUAUUUUAUUGAGUUCUUAAAACGAAUAAACAAACACAAAGAAAUACAAAACAACAUUAAAAGAGAUAUCUUCAGCUUCUCUCUUCUCCCUGGACCUGGAAAUCAUAUAGCAAUCUCCAGGUUGACCCUUUUGGGGAGAAGUGGUUAGCUUUUGGAUUUGAAAUUUCUACAACCCUGAAGAAUCUGUUUUGUCUAUUAUGGCCAUCAUCACAAUUUAUUGGUUAUAGGGACUUUUGUUGAAUUCGUUGGUAUUGAAUUGAAUUAGGUGAGGGGAGAAGAAGAAGAAGACGAUGGCUUUGGUUGGUAAAUCUGAGAGAUUCUCUGCUGAUUUUGUGAUGGGAGGUGCUGCAGCCAUUGUUGCUAAAUCUGCAGCUGCUCCAGUCGAAAGGGUCAAGCUUUUACUGCAGAAUCAAGGUGAGAUGAUCAAGACUGGCCAUCUCAUUAGACCUUAUACUGGUUUGGGUAAUUGCUUUGGCAGAAUCUUCAGAGAAGAAGGUGUUUUGUCCUUUUGGAGAGGCAAUCAAGCCAAUGUCAUUCGUUAUUUCCCUACACAGGCUUCCAACUUUGCAUUUAAAGGUUACUUCAAGAGCCUUCUCGGAUGUUCCAAAGAGAAAGAUGGUUACUUGAAGUGGUUUGCUGGGAAUGUAGCCUCUGGAAGCGCUGCUGGAGCAACGACUUCUUUGUUUCUGUACCAUCUUGAUUACGCGCGGACUCGUUUAGGCACUGAUGCAAAGGAAUGUUCAGUUAAUGGCAAGAGACAGUUUAAAGGGAUGAUCGAUGUGUAUCAAAAAACUUUGUCAAGCGAUGGCAUUAAAGGGCUUUACCGUGGAUUUGGAGUGUCAAUAUUGGGAAUCACUCUUUACCGAGGAAUGUAUUUUGGGAUGUACGAUACCUUCAAACCCAUUGUUUUAGUUGGUUCCUUGGAGGGAAACUUCUUGGCUAGCUUUCUAUUGGGUUGGAGCAUUACUACCUCUGCAGGCGUCAUUGCUUACCCUUUUGACACACUUAGGAGGAGAAUGAUGCUUACAUCAGGACAACCUGUAAAAUACCGUAACACUAUUCAUGCCUUAAGAGAGAUUGUGAAAUCUGAAGGGUUCUAUGCGCUAUAUAGAGGAGUUACUGCGAACAUGCUUCUUGGAGUAGCAGGAGCAGGAGUGCUUGCAGGAUAUGAUCAGCUUCACCGGAUUGCUUAUAAGCAUUGGGUUUAGUAGUUUUGACCAAACCCGAAAAGAUAUUACAAUGAAAACUCAGCUUAAAGAAGAAAAGGUUAGUAAACACCAAGAAGUCUUCACUUACAUUCCAAUGUGUUCUGUUAAUUAACAGAAUCUCGGAAUCAUUAACCGAUUGAAGCAGCAGAAGAUAGGGAAAAAAAUUGUUCAUAAUUUUUGUGCAGUUACAUUGUUAUAUCAAUAUUCCAAGAAAAGCCUCUUUGCUAA